AGCAGAGCCCAGCUGAAGGAAGCUGAUUACUGCUGGUUUCAUAUUGGCUGGGAACAAUACACACACACACACACGCACAGGCAGCCCGCACCCUGGCUCCCGCGGCGCCGCUCCGCGCCGGGGGGGGAAGAUGAGCUCAGGGGACGUCGUUUGCACUGGAUGGCUCAUUAAAUCACCCCCCGAGAAGAAACUCAAGAGAUACGCAUGGCGGAAACGCUGGUUCGUGCUGCGCAGAGGCCGCAUGAGCGGGAACCCAGAUGUGCUGGAAUACUACAGGAACAACCAUUCCAAAAAGCCCAUUCGGAUCAUCGAUCUCAACGAGUGCGAAGUGCUGAAGCACUCAGGGCCCAGCUUCAUCAAGAAAGAAUUUCAGAACAACUUUGUCUUCAUUGUGAGAACCACCUACCGCACCUUCUACCUGGUAGCCAAAACUGAAGAGGAGAUGCAGAUCUGGGUGCGCAACAUCAGCCAGAUCUGUAACUUUGGACAUCUAGAAGAUGGUACAGGUUCAGUGGAGAGCUUGUCUCACACGACCUCGUCCCCGCAGCCGUCGCCAGCCGCCUCCACCCAUGCCUCCCGCAUCGCCGAUCCCUCCUUCUCGGUCGAUCACGCUGCUGCUGAUGCAUCUGCUGCAGAGGAGACCCCCAGCGAGUCAGAGUCGGUCUUCCUCCCCGACUACCUCUUCCUCUCCAACUGUGAGUCGGGCAAGCUCAGCCACAACAGGUGUGACAGCUGGUCGAAUUCAGACAGAUCUCUGGAGCAAACCUCAUCGGAUGAUGUUUUUGUUGACUCCUUGCAGUCCCAGCCCUCCUUGUACCUUGUACAGCCAUCCAGUGCUGGCACUGUGCACCAGGAUGGGGCCCCAUUGGCAAAUCCCAGCACUGUGUCCAGAAACAUAGACAUUACCGGGCCACCCAGUGACUUUUCCUCCUCUUCUCCACUGCUGGGGACGCCACUGACACCAACCUUUCAGAUUGACAAGAGCCAAAACGCGCUGCCCUACGGCGUAACCCAGCUGGACAUCCUGUCCAACACGCCCCCACCGCGGCCGCCCAAGCCAACCCACUUCUCAGACAGGAGAGGGGAUGAGGUGGGCGGCGGGGCCCUCCAGAACGGGCACGCAGGGAUCUGCCGGGCUCAGGUUGCUCUGGUGCCCAGGAGGAUCUCCUUGUCCAGCUUAGACAACGUGAGGAACUGGAAAGCAGACAUGGAAGGCAGUUCCUUAAGAAGUCGGGAUAAGAGGCUUAGCUUGAAUUUGCCCUGUCGGUUCUCCCCGCUCUACUCGACUGUUUCGGAUGGCUCAGAGGACAGCUACGUGCCCAUGCGCCCCAGCACCUCUCCCUCUGCGCCCAGCUCUGACUGUUCACCCGACGGCUACAUCCCCAUGAGCCCCGGCUCAGCCACGUUUACCUUCCCUGUCGUCAGCACUGAAAAACUCACCAGCCCGUUACCUGAGCUUCCCUCAGACCUGGAACCCCCUCCGGUGAACCGAGACCUCAAGCCUCGUAGGAAAUCACGACCACCUCCUCUGGACUUGAGGAACCUCUCCACGAUCCGGGAGCACGCUGCCGUGACCAGGAUGUGGACUGUGCCUUACAAUCGAAUGAGCUUUAUCUCACCAGAAAGAGACGGUAUUAAUUCAGCAAGAAUAUUUGCCAAUUCAGUUUCCGGAGAAGAGGAAGAAAGUUACAUUCAUAUGGAACACAGGCAGGCGACAUCUCCAUACAGUGGUGCUUUUCCUUGGACAAGGAAAUCUAACCUUGAUUACUUAGCAUUGGAUUUUAACUCUGCUUCCCCGUCCCCUGUACAGAAGAAACCUUUCCUCUCUGAGGAGCAGAGAGUGGACUAUGUCCAGGUAGAUGAACAGAAGACUCAAGCUUUACAGAACACUAAGCAGGAAUGGACAGAUGAGAGGCAAUCGAAAGUCUAGAGGAAGAAGAUUUGGGAUCUGGAGGAUUCUUUUUUUGCACUGGAACCACAAUGUUAAUGAAGCAGCUAUCACAGUAGAGUUCAAAGGCAGAGAGAGUUGUAAGAUGCUUACAGUCUCUAGAGGAAUAGCAUUUUUAAUGGAAACCUUUGAUUUCAUCUGAAAAUAGUAUGUUGAAUGAGUGAGUGGUUCACUGAUGAUUAAAGUAAUGCAUUACCCUUUUUACUGCCCUUACCAGUAAGCUAAAUGGUACCGUUUUCUGGCAUGAUUCUGCGACGAGUCAUACACUUAAUGUUAACAAAUCCACUACAUGUUGCAUUAAUCUAGUUAGUCCUGCCUACUCCCUCUGUUGCAUAAUUCCUAGUUGCUAAAGCUAUUUUUUGAUAUUUCUACAACUACUGUGGAUGCUCAGAGUGCUUUUAUGGCAGCGGGCAUCCGGCAGGUAUUGGUGACUAAUCAACUAAGGGCUAAAAUACUGAAACAAUAUAAAGAACUUCUUGAAUAUAUACUGCUUAGGCAAAGAGAAUUUUGGAACAUAUUUUUUCUCCUGUGUUUAAAAGGUCUGACUCUGAGCUGAUGUUGUCAGAAACUCAAAACAGGACUACAUUCUGAUGGGACUGGAACGCGUGGUCUUUGACCCUCUGGAUGACGGUCAUCGUAUUAAGCUUUUUCUCUCCAUUGUGGCUCAUACUUGUCGCCUUUCUAUCUGAUUCCUACUGAUGUUUUCUCCCCUAUCUUGAGGAGUGUCUUCGGCACAGCACGGCACAGCUGCUCCUCUAGCAGGAGGCUGUAGGCACACAGCUCUUGGCUGGCCAAAAAAUAGAAAGGGAAGCUGUGAGCCUGUUUCUGCAAGUCUUGGGAGAACUGGCAAAGGAUCAAGAAUGCGUUCAUCUGAACUGCAGAAGAAAUGCCAUUGGAAUUGCUGGUAGCAGUCGCCAAACUGAUUGUUUCACUACACCCACCCGAAAUAAAAAAAAAGAGAAUUAGGAAGUGCAGCGUGCUCCGAGAGAGGCUAGCAGGCCUGCCAAAAUAAAACAAUGCGCUUACGCGGCGUGAGGACCUCUGGGUUCAGGAAGCUUAUCUACCUUGGGACUUGUUACAGGCACUAUCUCAGGAUCACAUAUGUGUAUAGUUUAUAACAUAUUUAACUUUAGAAGCUUGGCUGCAAUCUUUACUUUAAGGUGGCACACAGCCACUUGAGUCAUGGAAGUAUGCAGUACCGCUGAGUGACCCACACUGGAUUUGAUCUUGCAGGCUUUGCUCAUGCAGUUAAGCCUGACUAGCCAUAAGAGGUCUGAUCCUACUGGCAAGGACAGACAGCCAGGACCCUUACAAAUGAUUUCUUCUCUGACAGUGCCAAGUCACUGGCCUCCCUUCACGUGCCUGUUGCUACCACGUUGCAUUACUGUAAUCUGACAUCCCAAAAAUGCUGAUUUACCAAACAGAGGUCAUAGAAAUGUCAUUGCAGAAACCGCUGGCAUUUCAAGGCUCCUCCUUUCUGUCCUCCAUGCACCCAUCCUGCUUCAGCCAUUUGGGCACUCUGGGAGGCUGAGAGACGCGGCCGAGUCGCAUGUCCUGCUGGGAGAGGCAGCGUAGCUAACAGAAACACCAUUUUUCUCCUACCUCAAGAGAGCUGAAGUGCUUGCAAGUCUCGCUGCUUCUUUAGAGCAAGUACAAAGCUGGGGAUCCAUGGUGACCAGGCUCUUAUUAGCUUACCCUGUGAGAACAACGAGGUUCACCAGCGCCUUUAUUGACACUGGGGCAAACUGGGCACCCAGGCCUGUGGGCAUAAAGUGUCCUGGAUUAGAGCUGCUUGGGAAACUGAGAUUUAUACUGCAGAUAGCUGACCUACCGUUUCCUCCUACUCUGCUUCCCACCCCCCCGCUAAGCUCUAAAAUGAAAGUUAACAUUCAUAAGGGUCUUGAAAAUAAUUCAGGUGUUUCUGUAAAAAUCUUGUCUGUCUGGUGUAAAAUUUAGUUUGUUAAAACCCAGUUGUUUUGUCCUAAAACUGAUUUAGGAGAGCUCUGAGCAACUGUGCCCUGGGUGUGGUGUUGCUACAGGGGAAGUGGGUUUGGGGAGAGGCAGUGGAGGUCUGCGCCUCCACAGAGGUGUUAGAGAGAGAGAGGCAAGGAAGGGCCGCAAUUAUAGACACAUUUGCCUUUCUGCUCAAAAGAAUUGCCUUUCUUUCAAGGUGUACACAUAUAUAACACAUGCCACUGAAAGCUUUUGGUGUAUGCUGCAGUGCUGAAAGAGUUAAAGGACCAGCUAAGACACAUAUUACAGUAGGGGACAGAAAACAUCCACGAAGGGCAGGCAACGUUAUGCCAUGCCACUGCAGCUCCCAAAUUGCAGUGAUGGCAUGGCAGCCUCCAACGGGGAUUGCAAUAGCAUACCAGUCAGCUCCUGUUUGACUGGAGGGUUUCUUCUCAUGCGGUCAGAAAACCUUCCGAAGUGGAAAAAACACCAAGUUAUUGGAGAGCGCUGACUCGCUUGUUAUUCUCGUUUAUUGUAAAAAUAUUUGAACUCUGACAAACCUGGCUAAUGGAUCAUUCAGAAGUUUAGAAAAGAAAGAGAUCUUUUGGUAUUUUUUCCCCUAAAAGGGCAUAAACAUACAGCUUGGCGGGGACUGUCCUUAGAUCAGAACAGCCCCCUUUCAGCUUCCAUGUGUCCCCUGCUUGCCCCCAUUGCUCUCUUAUCUCUAUCAAAUGCUGCUCACUGGUUUCUAAUUUUCACCUUUUAACUAAAAGCUAAGUUUCGAGGUUUAUUCAGAUUUUUCAUUUAAGGCCUGUUUUUACCCUGCUGCUCCAGGGUCCAUAGCAAGCAUUCUUGUGUAAGCACAACAAACAAAACAGGAGCAAUUAAAAAAAUACAAAAAAGACUUUUAAAAGCAGAGCUGUUCUCCUGCAAGGCUUUUAAUGUUUUGGUUUAGUCAAAUUCCAGAAUAGUCCAAAGAGGCUAAAGAGGAGGAGGAUGGCAAAGGCCAGAUCUGCUAUGGCCACCCUGUCACUAAGGAUUUUGGUGGGAACGGAGCCAUAGCAGCCCCUGACUGUGGUACGCGACUGACGUACCUACGGGCUGCCACGCUGCCAACCUGGCAGCCCAGGGCCGGCACCCGUAGAGCCUACUGGCGGGAGAGGAGGGAUUUACAAAGCAAAAAGGAGUCACUGUUUAAUUAAGUCUGUUCUUCAAUACUAAUCCCUUGGCCAAAAGGAAAGAAAACCUGUGAAAGCACCUGAAAACUGAGUCAGCUUUUGAUGGCGUCGUGUCUGAAAAUGCAGCCCAGGCAAGAGCCCUUGGUUAGCACUGGCUCCGGGGUCAGCCAGGCACACUCCUGGUAGUGUCUUCUUUCUGCUGUGGGUCUGUUAUGUUGUUAUUUGUAUGUAUUUAUUUAAAAAGUAUCAUGAGAGCUGAUGCAGAGAGAGGCUCUGCACCUAAAUGAGCGUGUGGUGGCCAGUGGUCCCUUAGGAAAGGCUUGUCUGCUGGGGGAACUGGCAUUGCCCGGCUCAGCACUUGUAGUGCCUUCUCCAGCGCCGCUGGGGUUUCUCGGUUAAAAUGGAGAGGAGCACUAAACAAACAGAAUAAUUUUUCCUUAAUUGGAGGUGUCGCUCUGUGGAGUUGCCAGAUGAAGCUCAGUUGCAGGACGAUGUGGAAAACUAGCAAGCGAAAUGGUUCUGUUCCUGUGGUUAGUUAGGGCGACCAGCGGGACUCCCCCCGCUGUUGGCACGGCUGGUGAGUGAGCCGGCGUGCCGGCACCCAGCCACGGCGCGGAGGAGAUCGGAGAUGAGAUGGAUCUCUUACUGAAAUUGUCUGUGGCCACUGAAUACAAAAAUAGCCUGCGUCAAACACCUGCUUGAAAUACACCCUAAAGAACCAUAAAGAAAUCAGUCUGAUCUGAACGUCUUUCCUGGAGCGAGCAGGAUUUCAGUACUUACCGGGAGUUACACGAAUUCCCAAGGUCUUUACUCAGUUUGGGUUUAAUGUGGCCUUGUUCUGCAGUCUUUUAGUGAUCACACAUUUGAGCAAGGCAUAGCAGGAUCCAAGACUUGUUUGCUUUUAGGACUAAACCGUAUUCUCCAUUUAUAAUUCCGUUAUUACAGGAGGCAGCAUUAAAUUCCUUACUGGCAGAUAGGAACACUUUACCUGAGAAAUGUCAACAGCCGUUUGACUCAAGCCAGGUGUUUUGAACCAGCUCACUUUUGCCAACGGUAGCACCCGCUCUCUUCCCUGUCACUAAUUACAUCAUAGAUGUAGAUUUCGGAGUUACAUUCACUUGAAAUUAUUCAGUGGUUUAGUAAUUCAAAGACCAUCGGAUGCUGUGAUGAGAAUGAAGCACAGGGUGAUGCCUUUCCUUUGUUCCCCUGUUCUGCAAAACUUGCUCAGGUUUUAAAAAAAAAAAUAAAAAAGCCACCAAAAUUGCAGACUUUUGCCAUGUCAAAGCCAGAAUAUUUUUUGUUCAAAUAAAAAUUAACUUUUGUCUUGUGCAAAUGAAGCAUUAUACAUUUUUUGUAUUUGUAAAUCUGUGAGGAAGCAUUAAACAGUCAUCUCUGUUACAAAGGAGUAAGUUGUUGAUAGAGGGAAGGGGCUCGCCUUCCUGAGGUUUCAUUGUAAUGUUUGUUGUAUAUAUGUGCACAUCAGACUGUGUAUCUUUUUUUCUAACAAAUUAAUAUAAAAUGUAGCUGUGAUCUUUAAUUAUUUUGCUAAGCAAAGGUUCUUACGGGGAAAACUUCCACGUUUUUCAUUUAAUGCUUUUUCCAUUUUUUAAGUCUCUUAUUAGGCUGUGACUUGUUCAUAUAAAUUAUUUGGAUGUGAAAUCAAACAAAUUUCAUACACCCGUGUGUCAGGAAGAUUAUUUGCAGGUGACUUGGAAAGCAAAGAGCGAUGAACUUGUGUCCUGAGCUGGCCUCUGCAUCCUCCUGGGGCCUGGGUAAGUUGCAGACCCCAGCCCCAGCUCCUGCCCCCGCCGUAGCCCAGGGGCAGGAAGGGGCCACGAUCACUGACCGAAGAUGUAGACCAUAAGCACAGAUUUGUUCAGCAUAUGCUCUGGGCUUGGAUACAAAGAAUAGCUGUUAUUUAACCUGAUCCUUUAAUUGCUCUGUGCUGAGGAACGUAGUGGCUGUUAAUGUAAUUUCCACGUGCAGCGAGCUGGGGGCGUGGGAUCCUUUCAACACACACACCUCGGGGUUUUGAAGAUGAAACGAGGCAGUCCAUGGGAGCAGAGCCGAGCAGGCCUAGCUGCUAACAAGCAAGAUAGUUUGGGAAAUAGUUUAUUUAUUGCUUCAGGCAAGUGUCACUUCUGGAUCUGUGUGCUUUGUAAUCCUGGCUGGAUACCCAGCGUGGUGAAUCGAGGCACUUAAGGAGCCAUCGAUGGAAACUUGGCUGCGUGACUCAAGAAGCACAGCCACGUGUAAUUUAGAUAAGCCUACGCCUGGGGGCUUGAUACAAGGGAACUGCGUGACAUUUCGCCUUCAGUCUUAUAGGGAGGGCAGGUCGGACAAAUAAAAGGUCAGAUAAAGUCUGACUGCCGGUUCACAGGCUGCUUCCAUGUCCUCUCUCCGGCAGAGAUGAGAACAGCCGUUUCAGCAGGGAGUACUUCCCAGAAAAGUGACCUCCCUCUCCUGCACCCGCUCCCAGACCCUCGGAGGGAAGCAAGCCCUGCCGACGCCCCCGACGCCCCUGCCGCAUGGCCCGGCAUGUCCCCUCCGUGGUGCACCUCCCAGAGCAGCAGAGGUGGCUGUCACGGAGGGUCCUGGCACCCAGAGCAUCCGCGCAGGCAGGGACAGCCCGGCCCGUGGGAGCCGACGCCCUCUGAGCUUGCGGUCAAGGAAUUGGGCUGUGUGAGUAAACAGUGCUGGAACAAAGCAGUAUGAGGCUGCACAAAAUUCAGGAAGCUCUCAGACUUCUCACGCCUCUGUACAAAGUAUUUUGGUGAUUAGAUAAUAAUAAGGGGAAAAAACUGAUAGCGAAAAGUAUGACCGUGUAAGCCCUUGGUAGAGCUUAGCCCCUCUAAUCACAUCCGCAGUUUCAAACCACGUAAAACACUUCCCUGAAGCAAAAAGCCGCAGAGCAGCCAGCCAGUUACCAAACCCAGGUCAUCUUCGCAAACCCCUCCAGAAAGGCAGUAAUCCCCUACCGCCCCAGUGCGCUUUGCCUCUCUCGCUCUUCUGGUUAAGAGUGCAAUUGCUUUGGUCUUUUUUAGCCUGAGAUGCCCAAUAGAGCCCUACCUUAAAAAUGGGCAUUCCUGUGUAAUUGUGUCCAUGCUGGGGGCUGUAUCAAUGGAAUGAUACAGGUCUUGGGCCACGGUGGUGAUACCUCAUUUCUCUCCAGUAGAUCUCCAAGAGCUUUGCCAAAGGGACCUGUACUUUAUUUCUGAUUUUUCAUCCGCACUCUGAGGGACAGUGACUCCCCCAAGGCCGGUGGGAGCAGCGGAGACGACACCUGGGUCUGCAGAGCCUUAGUCCUACCCCUUUGCCAACAACUAACGCAGGCUGCACGCUGUGUUUUGACAGGUCUUGAGAGCUGCAUUUCCCCAUCAAACAGCAUCUAAAGCUCCUCUUCCAGUUGUUUAAUGCAGAGAGUGCAGAGAGACUUUGCUCUACCAGUUAUACAUAUUUAUAGGAGCAAACUGGGUGUCAGCAGCACCACAUCCAGUGCUUAAACACAAAGGAUGUGCCUGGCGGAGGCUCAGCCCCUUCCCACCCGGGGAGCUGAUCCCAGGCCCUGUUGUAAUGCAGGAGAGAGCAGGGAGCGACCCAACCUUUCAUUCAUCGUCCUGUUUUGUUCUACUUUGAUAUUUGAUUUUCCUUUCACAUCCGCUUUUAGCAUAAGCUCAUUGUUAUACAGCCCCAGUAUGCCCUGCUCUGACAGCUCGGGGAUCUCAGCGUUGGCAAAUUCAUCACCGUGUAAGACCCUGAAAAGCCCUUGCUCUGCUGGUGGGCUCUCACCGAUGCUUUAAAGCUUAACACAGUUUGGGGGUGUUUUCCUUGCAUGUGUUUGUGGUGGUUGUUGUUGCAGUUUGGUUUGCUUCUUCAUUCAAAAACGUUCAGUGCUUUGUCUGGGAGGUCAGCUACUUGGAAGUGCCUCUGUCUGUGCCGCUAUUUAAAGACACUUGGUUUUGCUGCUGCUGCUGUUAUUUCUUAGCAUCCUUCCCCACAUGAGCAGCACAGAUCAAUGGGGAAGACCUCUGUAUUUUUCCCCACAAGGAAAAAAAUCACAGGUCCCUCACAUGAAAGCCGCAGUUCUGUCUCCCACCCCAGGAGGAUGCCGCUUUGCAAGCGCCUCGCUUUGGAAAGGCACAGAGCGUUUUGUAGAGUUACGUGAUGAUGAAAAAGGCAAAACAUCAAAUGAGGGCAGCGCUGGCAGGUGUCUGCCAGUGCUGGAGGAGAUGCCAGAAGGCAAACAUAGCUUUUGCCUUCAGGUUUCCAGAUCAAAGUUCAGAACGGGCUUUCAGUGCGACCUUUUGUACAGCCUGAGAGAGACAAUUCCUCUACAGAGAGAGAUGGA